AAAGAUAAAAAUAAUAUGGAGAAAGACAUGAUCGAGGACGCUAGAUUCAACACGCCGUUGUUGGUUAUCACGGAGGCUUUCGAGGAACUGGCAGAUUUGCUUAAACCACGGAGGCAAAAACGCGGUGAGAUCAGCAGAAACGACGUCGUAUCAAACGAUGGAUUAAGGCUCGAUGCGUUUUGCAGUGCGUGUACUCACGUCUCUGUUCUCUUCGGCUGCCUUGGCUUCGCCUUCAAAUUCGCUGAGAUGGAGUACGUCUCCAAGGUUAGAGAUUUGGUGGAAGCGUCAAAAACGUUUGAUACGUUACAUAACAUUAUUGAUCUAGAUGUUAUGAAUCAAACGGUUAAGACACAAGGAAGCUAUUCACGAAAUCUCCGACGUGUUAGACUAGGUUUAGAUUUGAUCCGAGCCAUCUUCGAACAAUUCUUGAUGACGAACGAGUACUAUUCUUUGAAAGACGCUGCAACAAAAGCUUACACACAAGUAUGCGCACCGUUUCACACGUGGGCCGUUAGAACAGCUGUUUACGCUGGAAUGCAUACACUUCCGACAAGGGACCAGCUUCUGUUACGACUUAAUGAAACAGAUCAAUCUGUGGAGAAGAACAUGAGGAGAUACAUGGAAGCUUCGAGGCCGAUUAUAGAGUAUAUUGACAAGCUUUACAUUGAUAGGAACAUUAAACUGGAUUGGUAGCAAAUUUUGUUACAAAAAGGUUAGUCGCUGGACAUCUAAAAUUGUAGCUUCGUCUUAAGCUCAAUGAUUGUUCUCUCGAUGAUAUUUAAUUCAUUCUCGAAUUUAGAUUUUGGA